CCCCCGCGAAGCAACAAGCAGCAUACAUCCCGAGGACGGCUGUGGGACGGCGUCUACAGUGAUGAGCAAGAGCUUCUUUACCUUUCCUCGUUCGUCUCAGGCGCCGGGCGAUGUGGAUGAGCACUAUGACGCCUUUGACGGCCAUAGCGGAGCACCUGACGUAGGUGUGUACGAUGAGCUUGCACGUAGGAUCGUGUAUCCUGCUGGAGUGGACUAUGAGGGGAAGCCGCUUGUGGUUAUGGCCGCAUGUAACUUUCCGAAUCCCAAGGAUUCGGACUACGACUUCCUAUUACAACGAGUUCUGGCAGCACUCGACCUUUAUAUCGACGAGUCUGAUUACUCGGUCGUCCUACUCGCGGGCGGAGGACAACACCGGAUGUCAUGGCCGUGGAUGCUCAAGUCGUACGGAUCUCUGGGUAGGAAGUACAGAAAGAACAUCAAAUCGCUAUAUAUCCUGCAUUCAACGUGGUGGGUACGGGUUUUGUUCGACCUGACAAACACAAUCACAUCGCCCAAGUUCGCCAAGAAGGUAAAACAUGUGGCUACGCUGUCGGAACUGGCGACGCUCGUCCCGCUGAACCAGAUUGACAUCCCACCAGAAGUGUACAAGCACAACAGCAAGUACGAGGCACAUGUGGAGGUACCAGCACAGGACCAGGGUGCGAUGUUUGGGUUGAAAUUGGAGGAUGUGAUGGGGCACGAGGGUGAGAAUGGAUUACCGAGGGUGGUCAGAGACGUUAUCAACUAUCUGCGGGCAGAGGGGUUGAACGUCGAGGGCAUUUUCAGGAGGAGUCCGAGUUCGGCGGUGUUGAAGCAGGUCAAGUCUGCGUACGACAGAGAUCAGAACAUCUCCUUGUCAGACUAUGAUCCGUUUUUGGCUGCGUCAUUGCUCAAGUUGUACUUGAGAUCACUGCCAGAACCUAUCAUUCCGGCGGAUUUGUAUCCGGCGUUGAAGAAGGUUGAACCGAUUACAGAUGAUUCGGAGCUGGUCUACUUUAUCAGGCACACUCUUCUGCCGAACCUGGGAACACCGGCGGUGGUCCUAUUGUCCGAGAUUUGUUCGCUACUGCACGACGUCUCACUUCAUUCGUCAGUCAACCUCAUGCACGCAUCGAAUCUUGCGAUCUGCAUAUCACCGUGUCUUCUGCGGCAUCCAACAAACCCGAUGGUUGACGCUACAAUGUCGAAUCCUCAGAGUGGCGGUGUGGGCAAGCUCAUUGUCGCAUGUAUCGAGCGCACGCACGAGAUUUUUGACCUUGAAGGUUCACAAAUGGCACAGCAGAAGACCGACUCGGCCUUCUCGAUAUCAAGUACGUCCCAGCCAUCACCGACAUCCCCACCUCCAACAGCAUCUACUUAUCCCACAUCAACGAAUACGGCAGCCACGUCGUCGAGUACUUCCACUGCGCGCCGAGCAGGGAUUGCACCGUCACCAAGCAAAUAUUCCACCAUCUCGUCGCCGCGUUCGCGAUCUGUAUCAGCGAUUAACCCGCGUACACGUGCUGAAGAUCUGUUUGUCCCUAAAUCUGGGUCCGGUACAAGAGCGUCCACGGAGCACAAAUUACCACAACCAUAUCAGAGUGUCAACAGAGCUGGGGGCAAGGGUGUGGUAGGCGAGCUGAAGAGAGUAUUCGAAGAGAGGAGCAAGGUGGUCGAAGCGCAGGCGCAAGCGGAGAGGAAUAAGGGGAAGACAGUUAUCCGGAGGAGCUUUACUUAG